AUGACUGUUACAUGGAGUUUAUUCACAAUUCUGAGUUUGAUAGGUUAUACGGAAUCAAAGUGCUCUCCAACCUCUUAUUACAAAAAUUGUUGGAUUAGACGAUUUCCUGGCCUUUAUAUCGACGUUGAAGAGUCUCAAAGAAGAGGUGCCCAACUUCUCAAUUUUUACCAAGAGGAGACAGCGCUGAAAUGCAGCAGAACAUGUUGCCUCACGCGAAACUUCUCCUGUAACCUGGCCGUGUUCCACUACAAUACAUCUCAAGAGACAGUCAACUGUUUCCAUCUCCACUGCCCCUCAUUAGAAAGCUGCAUCCUUCGACAGAGGCGCAAUGCCAUCUUAUACAAUGUCACAAAAGGUGUGGAUCCUGACCUCUUGGUAUUUGGCAAAUCCUUCACCACAAACCUACGUCUGUGGCCACACAUGGCUUCCUCCAGACUUAAUGCCUCUGAGCCACUGGCCUCAGAUAAGCGCCAGUUCAACCGCCCACCCAUCCAGCCUCCAACCCCUGUACCAGCUAAAGGGCAAACAACGUUUCCACAGAGCUCUACAAAAGUUUCUACCUCUUCGACAAGACAUACACAACCCACACAGGAGCCACUCAAUGCCUCCACAGCCUCCAUCGCUCCCACAACCCUGACCAGUGGGAGGACCCAGCCUUUAAGCUCAACUUCUUCCCAAGGAUUAACUUCAGGGCCACAUAAACUAACCACACCAUGGCACAAUACGAAACCAACAUCCCAACAUGAAACUCCAGUUCCACAGAGCAUUAUAGCAUCUCUCCAUCAAAUGACCCCAUUAUCGACGCAUCAAACACCAGCUUCCCUGCACGCAAACCCAUUGCGGCAACACACAACUCCUCCUACCCGUCAUGCAACUUCUGAACCACCUACAACCAAAUCACCACUGUUCACAGAGGCAAGAAACCCUACCACCAUGGCUGCUCCUGCCAACAUUGAUGGUGGCCAGCUGUACCCCAAUGACACUAAAGGCUACGUCAGUCGGAACCACACAUCUGGAGAGGUUCCGGAAUCUGGGGACUUGUCACCGGUGUGGCACCUGGCAGCAAACACACUGCUGAUUGCCGCGGCAACCUGUUCGGCUGUGCUGGUGGGCUGCUGCUGCAGUGUGGUGGUGGCUGUGAGCUGGAGGGGUCGAAGGAGGAAGAAGGGCCGAUACAGGACAUCCUGGAGGGGAAAGAAGGGCUCCAUGCGCCUAGUCAAGUAUGUUAUCGUCCGGGAGAGCUUGUGAGACAGAUAGCAUAUGUACAUAGUAAGCUGCUAUGAAUGACUCGAAAUGCCCACUCUACUUGUGCAUUCUCUAAAGAUCCUUCAACAUCCCUCCCCACCCCUCUGUUGACACAAUUAUUUUAAACUUUCCCCUCAGAGGAUUAAAGGGUGAAUUGGGUUUAGGGUGUGCGUGUUGACAAUCUUCUGCACCAUAUACUGACUAUUCUAAAACAAUCUGAUACCAUCACAAGAAAAGCAAUGGAACAUUUCAGGAUUUGUCUAAAAGAAACAAACCAACAUCGUUAAUCUGUAAGCGCCCCUACGGAUUAGUUCAAGCACUCUGCACAGUAUUCCUAAAAAUGAUGCUGACUUUCAGUGGUCUAAUGUUGUAGUAGAU